ACCUUUGACCUGCUUCGCCGUGAUCGUCGUCUGCGUCGUCUACCUCAAGACAUCGUAAAAGUUAUCAGCGGCGGAGGAAGAAUCGUGAAAUAAUUACGACUGCACGCGGGUGGGAAAAUGUCUAUGAGACUAAGUUGUCGCGUAUUUAGAACUGCGACAAGAUGCAUGGGCUUGAGGAGCCUCUCAACAUCAGCUUCUCAUCAGAGCUCAACCGGUGACAAAAGAGUAUUUGACUACAGGGACGCCCUGUUCCUUGACGAGCAGCUGACAGAUGAAGAGAGGCUGAUCCGUGACACAUUUAAAGACUACUGCCAAACAAAGUUGUUCCCGAGAGUUCUUAUGGCUAAUCGUAACGAGACUUUUGAUCGUGACAUCUUCUACGAGCUCGGUGACCUAGGUGUCCUGGGCACUACCAUCAAGGGAUACGACUGCGCCGGAACAUCCUAUGUGUCCUACGGACUUAUUGCCAGGGAAGUCGAACGGGUGGACAGCGGGUACCGUUCUGCCAUGAGUGUCCAAUCGUCCCUUGUGAUGUACCCCAUCUACGAAUUUGGGUCGGAAGAUCAGAAGAAAAAGUUCCUGCCACGGCUAGCGAAAGGAGAACUGGUAGGAUGCUUUGGCCUAACUGAACCCAACCAUGGCAGCAAUCCGGGUGGCAUGGAGACGCGGGCAAAACACGAUGCGAAGGCACGCACGUACAUACUUAAUGGAAGCAAAACCUGGAUUACGAACUCUCCAAUAGCUGACGUGUUUGUGGUGUGGGCCAAGUGCGACGACGACGUCAUCCGGGGUUUCAUCCUCGAGAAAGGGAUGAAAGGUCUCACCGCUCCCAAAAUCGAGGGCAAGUUUUCCCUACGUGCGUCCAUCACGGGCAUGAUCGUUAUGGACGACGUGGUCGUCCCCGAGGAAAACCUCUUGCCCAAGUCCGGCGGGUUGAAGUCGCCUUUCAAGUGCCUCACCAGUGCCCGGUACGGAAUUUCCUGGGGAGCACUGGGUGCCGCAGAGUUCUGCAUGGAGACGGCACGGCAAUAUACGCUUGAUAGAAAACAGUUCAAGGCCCCGCUCGCCAAGAACCAACUUAUACAGAAGAAGCUAGCAGACAUGCUCACAGAAAUCACCCUAGGGUACCAGGCGUGCUUACGGGUGGGGAGGCUGUUCGAUGAAGGAAAAAUGUGCCCAGAGAUGGUGUCCCUAGUCAAACGGAAUUCCUGCGGCAAGUCCCUCGACAUCGCCCGUGCCGCGCGGGACAUGCUGGGCGGAAAUGGGAUUUCGGACGAAUACCACGUUAUCAGACACAUGAUGAACCUCGAGGCUGUCAACACGUACGAAGGUACACACGACGUCCAUGCCCUGAUACUGGGGAGAGCCAUCACUGGUUUGCAAGCCUUCACAGCAGAUUAAAACUCACACCGUUAAUUAAUAUUUGUACAGUGUACAAAUACAGUUAGAUAGCUAUCGAAGAAAUGGGGAUAUAUUUUGCAAUAAAUGAGAGUGGCAAUUUC